GUGUGUGUGUGUGUGUGUGUGGUACGUGUGUGAGUGUCAGUUGUUUAAAGGCAUGCGUUGGUAUUUUGGUAUUUCCUCCAACACUUGAAGCGAUGGCAUCUGUGCAUCCCGUCACGGAAUGAAUGAGAUUGAACUGCAGCUGAUUUGCCUACGACAACCAUCCGUACAAGACUUGAGUACGGGCUGUGGAUCCUAGCUGCCUGGCUCACACACACACACACACACACACACACACACACGCGCAGCCAUGUCUAUGAGGACUCUGCCGCUGGUUUUUAUCAACAUGGGAGGAGAAAUGCUUUACAUACUGGACCAACGGCUUCAGGCUCCCAACAAGGCUGGGGACUGCCCAGAGAAAGGGGUCUGGUCGGAACAGGACAGAAAAAGAGUGAUGGUCACCAUCAUCAGGACCAUGUUCAGUAAAGACUUCAUGGACCAGCUCUUCAAACCGCAGCCGUUGUACUCCCACCGGACGCUAAAGACGGUGCUGACGCGGUUAGCGCACACCUCCAUCAUGAGACUCAGCCCCGCCAGCAUGGACAGGCUCUACGAGCUGAUGGCCAUGGCGUUCAAACGCCAGCUGGUCCUGUGUCCCCGGCCCAGGGACCUGCUGCUCAUCUCCUACAACCACCUGGACUCGGUCAGGAGGUUCGUGGAAGACACCCCCAACGUCCUGAACCAGGUGGACGAGACGCAGCGCCGGAUCAUCGAGGUGUACACAACCCUGUCUGACGCUGAACUUCAACUUCUAAGGCAAACACUGCUCAUUUUCCUCCAGGACAUGCACAUUCGAGUGUCGUUCUUCCUGAGGGAUAAGGUGCAGAACCCAAACGGGCGGUUCGUGCUGUCCCGGUCGGGCCCUGUGCCUCCCGGGACCGAGGUUCCGGGGAUGAUACGGAUGUUGGACAGCAGAGGGCGGGAGGUGAAGAGGGCCCACUUCCCCUCGGGGGGAAGUUACUCCAGCCCGGAGAGGGAGGGCUCCUUCUCCCUCCAUGGAGACAGAGUCACCAGACUGGGCACCAACAUAUACGGCGUGAGCCAAGAGGGAGAGACACACGCAAACAGGAGCUGCGCCGCCAAGGGCAGCCCCAGCCCUCGCCCCCUGGCCUCGGAGGAGCUCAACCUGCUGGCCCGUCUGAUGGGGGGCCUGGAGGUCCUGCAGAGGCCCGGGUCCGACCCAGCCUACCGGGUCAACCUCUUCACCAUGGACCCAGGGGAGGAGGAGGAGGAGGCUGAGCCAGGGGAAUCAUUUGGGGAUGUGGUCACCAUCCAGGCCACGCCGGACGCCCAGGCUAGCAGUGAGCUAGCCAGGAUAGCGGAGGUGUUCACGGACCAGCACCAACCGACAGAGGAACCCUGCGGCUCCAGCAGUAGCAGCAAGGGGGCAGACCUGCUAGCCCUCAUGGACACCUGCUAGCCGUCAUGGACACAUGCUAACAACGCGGCCCAGUGCUAGGUGUAACAUUAGCCACAGGGCUAAUUCAGUUAGCAGCCUGAACGCGGCGUUUGGUUCCCCAGUACCCAGCCAGCGUUUAGAAUGGUCUAUCCACCCGCCCACUUUUCAAACCCAUGGUGGUCCUAUAGAAUACUGUAUACUAUUUUUAAUGUGCUGUAAAUAUGUUCUCUCAUAUUCUGUAAUUUAUUGAGCCAGUUGCACAAAUAUUUGCAAGGUAGAAAAUCUGAAGGUAUUUUAUUUAUAAAAUAUACCCAAUCA